GAAUCCUGCUGCUGACAGGCAUCAGCGCGAGCCGAACGUCAACUCAUCACCGACGUAGUCUUCCCGCCUCUCUCAUCCUACCUUACCUUGCCCAUCCAUAGCUAUAGCGCCACCGGUCCAUUCAUCGUCUGACUCUUGUUCGAUACCUCUUUGCCACUUUCGUUUUCUCAAUCAUGUCGGCGAAAAGCUUCGCUGAGUCGAACACGUUCUAUCGGCCCUUUCACUCACGGCAGACGGAAUCUUGGAGGAGGCCUCUCGUCCUCGCAGUCGUUCUAUUUGUGCUCUGGUCAUGGAAACUCAGUGAAUGGUUCCAUGGACGCAAUGUAAUCCUUCAUCCAGAACAAGGCCCCUUCCCAGUCUUCACCGAUUGGGAUGACAUACCCACGAGCGAGAAGCUCCUCUGGGUGCGAUGCGAGCUACCCGGCAUGUUUCCCCUUGGCCGUGGCUACAUGUGCGCCCGAUUGACCGUGCCGAUGGAUUAUCAACGGCCCUUGACUCAGUCUGCCGAUAAUCCCAAGGUCCAUGUCGCUAUGGUUCUCCUCCCCGCUCUCGGUCACGGCCUAGAGACGGGGCGUUUCUCCGAGUCCCCGCUUCUCCUCAACCCGGGCGGACCCGGCGGGCCAGGCACCACAUUCACCUUCCCGCCGUUCGGCCCCACUAUCCAGGCCGCCGCCGGAGGCAGCGUCGACAUCAUCGGCUUCGACCCCCGCGGCAUCGGCGCCACGACCCCACGGGCUGACUGCUUCGUCAACACUAAGCCCGGCGAGCAACCCUCUGCCGCGGCUAACAACCUUGCUUAUAUGCACAGACUGACCUGGCUGGCAAUGGCUCACGACAUCGGUCUGCCGAAUUCCACGUCCGGCGCCUUGGACCAGCUUGCACAACGUGCCAGGGCGUUGUCCAAGCUGUGCUCCCAAAAGGACGUCGAGGAGUACGGAUUCGAAUACAUGGCCACGCCUAACGUAGCGGCAGAUAUGAAGAGCAUCAUCGCCGCACACGACGCCUGGCUUGAGGACAACGGAUUCGACACCACGCCACUCGGUGCCGACAUGUUGUCACCCAGCGAAGCUGCUCCUCCUUCGACAAAGGGUAAGCUAAUCUACUGGGGGUUCAGCUACGGCACGUUCUUGGGACAAACCUUUGCGGCCAUGUAUCCUGAUGCGGUCGGGCGACUCAUUCUGGAUGGCGUCGUUGAUGCCAAGGAGUACGAUAUACCCACGUGGAUCUCAGCCAUGCGAGACGCCGACGCAGUCCUGGAAAGGUUCUUUUACUACUGCCACCUUGCUAGAGACGCAUGUGCCCUCUACCGUCUAGGCGACGGCGGCCCAGCGCAGAUCAAGAAACGAUACGAGCAGACAAUGGCCAAGCUACGAGCUGAUCCGCUCAUCGUCGUCUCCCGCGCGGGACAUAUGCCCAUCGUGCUACUGGAGGCCGACAUCCGGAAGCUGCUCUUCACCUCGCUCUACUCUCCCACAAAGGUCUUUCCCUUGUUGGCUAUUCUGCUGAAUCGUCUGCAUGUGGGCGAUGACCUCUCCGAUGUGGUGGUUGCGCCUGAUUUCGGCUUCACCUGCGACGCGGAUCUCAAGAUGGUCAUUUAUCCCGAGGAGAGCUCCAAGGCGAUUGGAUGCAGUGACCGGAGGUAUAUGCGUAACGAGACGUUGGAGCAAGUCUUUGACAAGGUAUCCAAGGUCACCUCUUUCGCUGACGUCUUCUUCCCUCUCAUGAUGCACUGCGAAGGCUGGGACAUCCAAGCCAAAUUCCCCUCCCCGGACUGGGACGCGAACCUCGAAUCCCCCGACCCCGUAAACACCUCCUUCCCGAUCCUCUUUGUCGGAAACACCCACGACCCCGUCACGCCGCUGGCCCAGGCCGUCGGCGCGUCCCGGAAAUUCGUUGGCGCCGGCGUCUUCGAGCUCGAGGCCGAGGGUCACUGCACCCUCGCCGCGACCUCGAUCUGCGCGAUCCAGAAGAUGAGGGCAUACCUGCACAAGGGCGUCGUGCCGCCGCCGGCUUCGGUUGCCGCAGACGGACGGAUUGCCGGGUGGGAUAAGUGCAAGGCCGACGAGCGGCCUUGGAAGCCUUUCCCGGCUGAGAUGGCGACGGAAGAAGAAAAAGGAGGAGGUAGAGAGGGGGUACUGCACGCGGAGGACUUGUACGUCUUACAGGGGUUGAAGGAGGUGCAUGCCGAGAUUAUCGGCCGGUUGACGCCGCCGUUGAAGCUGCGUUUGCAGUAAGGGCCUGUCCGAGGCCGCCGUCUUCGCCGGACUUUUUGAGACCAUGUUUUGCGAAAGACUGGCAUUAUCGUACGUGUUGGGCGCCUCGGGGACAAUUCGGCUUCAGCUAGCACGUUGUGGCAUUUCUCGAUGUCACGAUCGGAAGAAAACAUGUGGAAUUCUUCUGGAUGCAGUUGACCCUACAUCGCAAGUUCGCCGGCGCGCGGCGAGGGUGAUGUGAGCAAAGUGGGAUGUGAUGGUGUGCCUUCGUGAUGCCCGAUGUCUGCCCGAUAUUGUCUUACUCUCACGUGUGUGAAGGGGGAGACCACUUGGACUGGAGAGACCAUUUAAGAUCGUCACAGAUGUGCCGAUGACACCCAUGUUAG